CUAUGCUCUCUUUCCUCUCUCGGGACGGUCCUAUUUAGUUUUUUCUUUGGAGUUUGAUUGAGGUAUGUUUGGAAAAGUGUUCGGAGUAUCGUCUUAUUAUCAAAAAUGUUUUGAUACAAUGUUGUUAUCAUGCAGGAUGUAUUGUUGACAAUGCGAAAUGUGUGCUAAAAUUUUGUUUUAUUUUCCCGCCGAAGUAAUCUUACAGCGAUGAUUUCAUGAGAGCACAGUCAGCUACACAUACCAACAAGAUAUAAGCAUCAUUAGAUUUGAUGCAUAGUUAACAGCAGAAAUGUAGGCAGUUGCGAUUGUGAUACUUGAUUAAGCCCCGAAAAUGUUGAAUACGAAAGAUGUAGAUAACGAUGUAGCGUGUAACAUGAGUGAAAUAUGUCGUUUAUGCUUAUCAAAGGAUGGAGGCAUUUUGCCAAUUUUUGGCGAAGAAGAGAGUGGAAAUCAAAAUGUUCCCCUUUCAUUUAGAAUAUUGGCUUGUGUCUCAAUUGAGGUAUCGGUGAGUGACGUACUUCCAAAGCUGAUAUGUCAGAAUUGUCUGUCUCAUGUGAACACAUGGCACAUGUUCAAACGGGUGUGCGACUCUUCUCAGGUGACACUGAAGGAUUGGUUGAACAAACAUCAGGAACAAGCAGAGCCAGAAAAGACUAUAGAAGUAAAGCAGGAACCACCCGUUGGAGAUGAUAUGAUAGAAAUACACGAUGACGUGGAACCAUGUGAAAGUUCUGUUUUACAUGACAUUAAACAGGAAGAUAUAGAAGUUUGUGAUGUAUGUGAUGAAGUAGAAGACUUAAAUAUUGAAGUUCUGGAUGAUCCAUUAAGUUUAACAGUUGCAGAUUCUGAUAGAGUACUGCCAGUAAGAUCUGUCAAGAGUGAACCCAUUGAUGCUGAACUUAUAUUAGAGGAACAUUCCAGUACAGAAACUUUGAAGGAAACUGACAAAGUAAAUCCUUUUGUUGCUGAUGGGCUCCAUUGUUUCGAUGGAACAAAUAAUGUAUUAAUUGAAGGAGAAGAAGGAAUUAAACAGGAGUGUGGCAGUCCAAAGAAGAAACCAAAAAGAAGGAAACCUCUGACUCUUCGAAAGAAGAGGCUUUCCUCUGCACCUUCAGAAGUCACUCAGGAUGAGAACACAGUUCUGUCAGGUCCAAAGCAGCCGUACUUUUGUUUCCCUGCAGCUGAUGGAAAGCAGCAUUAUUAUUGUAUUCCAUGUGGGAAAUCAUUUCCAUUUCGGUCCUAUUAUAUGAGGCAUGAGAAAGUUCAUCGUAAAUCCCGCCACAUUUGUGGUUAUUGUGACAGGCAGUUUUCAUGCAAAUCUAAUUUAGACAGACAUGUAAGGUUACAUACUGGACAGAAACCGUAUACUUGUCAAGAUUGUUCCAAAGAGUUCCAGAACAAGUCUGAGUAUAUGAAGCACAAGAACGCUUGUAGCGCUUUUACUGCCAAGCCAGAACCUAUAAAACCUGAAUCAACUUUACCUUUGAUAGCAGACUCUAUCAUUGGAGGAGACUCUUAUCCUUGCUAUAUCUGUAGACAGACAUUUGAUAGUAUUCAUAAAUUGCAAAUGCAUAGAAGAAGUCAUGAUGAGUUCUGUUGUCGUAGAUGUGGCAAGUCCUUUGAUGGUGGAAUAGCCCUCAGCAAUCAUUUGAGAACACACAAUUUUGACGGUUUCAGACGUUAUUCAUGCAAGAUAUGCAAGAAAACUUUUAGCAAUGUUACAUCACUGGUGAGUCACAAGAGAUUCCAUACAAUGAGAGAAAAUGCUGCUGCUGUAACAGCUGCUAAAGCCAGUACCAAACCCAUUACUCUAAUUUCAAAACCAGCAAUAAAGAAUCUGAAUGUGAGUCAUAUUAGUGGUCCAGUUCAAGGUUAUAAUUGUACAGUUUGUAAAAAAUGGGUCAAAACUCAGUCUGUUCUCAGAAGACAUAUGACGAGUCAUACAAAACUUAAAUUGUUCUCUUGUGUAAUCUGCAGUAUAUCGAUGGGAUAUGCGUCAUCUUUGCACAAACACAUGCGGAUUGCUCAUAAUGUGGAAAUGAGCUACAAGGAUAUCCAUUCAAUGUUCAGGAUGCCAGCACUUGAAGAACAAGAAGCAUUGUGCAUGCUAGAGCAAGUUAAUAAGACAUCUGUCGAUAAAAAUAAGAAGCCAGAAGGUGGAAAGUAAGGAGUGGUCACAGUUGAUGAUCCAAAUGAGGACCUC